AUGUCAACAAUAACAACGCCGGUAUCGCCAUCGCAGCCUUCCCAGGCUGGCGAAUCGCCUUACCCGUCAAUGCGCGACCUUCAAGGCGAUGGUCUCCCCGUUCGCUUCGUGGACGCCACGCGUCGUCUGUUCUGGUCUUUCGAGGGAGACUUUCCCUCCGCGAUAUCAGUCAUGAAGACCUCCAUGACCCCGGACUCUCUCGAGCCACUGUUCCAACCAGACCCGUCAGGAGGCAGCAGCGGCACGUGGCACGAGAUAUGCCAACUUGCCCUCACCGAACCCAAAGUGUCAUCUGUCCGAGCUUCGGUAAAUGAUCUUGAACAUUAUCAUGGAGAUUGGAUGGGGUGGCAUAGAGAGCAUCCUUGGGCAGAGUUUACCACGUAUGGGGAGAUGAGCGAUGAGGAUCGACCGUUCGCGCCGGAAAUGCAUGAAGAUGGUAGCUGGGAAGAGGACUCCGACACAGAGUGGCUGGUUUCUUGCUGCGGGGAAGAGAGGCCUAUUAAUAGAGACGUAAAAUUAGAGGUAAAGCCAGCUGAAGGAUGCCAGUUCGUUACUAUUCGGGAUUUCGUGAGUGCGGUACAUCCAUGGCUUUUGAGCUUGCGUGAGGAUAUUCUAAUGGCGCAACGGGUCAAGCUUGGCUAUCCAUCUGUAUUUGCGACAGAGUUUGUGGUUGAAGUGGCUCAUACAGGUGGCACAGUUCGGAUCAUGGAUAAAGAGAAUUGGGUGAAGGCAAGAAGUGGAGCUCCGCAGAAUAAAUACAUCCCCGAAGCUCUGUUUGAGAGAAUACGAAAGGCUAGGGAGCUGAGGGAGAGUGGUAGAAAGUGA